AUGGAUUAUGUUGAUGCUUAUAUAGAACGCCAGCUAAAUUGUUAUAUAACAUUUAAGACUAUGUUGUGUUUCUGCAGAAGAAUUGCCAGAGAGUUGGGUUUAAAAGUUGAUCGACUUGCAAAAAGAAAUAGAAAUGCACUUUUAUGCUGGAUGGCAGAAAACUGGGAGCUUAUUGAACCGAGGAUUGGAGAUAUACUCCUGUUGCUUGAUAAGAGUAACGACGAAUAUUCAGCCAACAACCAGGAUGAUGAAAUCGAAUAUGAUUCAUCCCCAGAAAUUAAAGAUGAGGAGCCAUCUCCUAUAGAAACUAAGAAGGUAAUAAUUCCUCGUAUAGAUGAAUUUAUUUAUUCAGUGGGUCCUACAGCAGGUUUUAUUUGA